AUGGAUAACAAUUUCAUAAAUAAUACUUUUACUUGGGCUUUGGAAGAUACCUCAGCAAACAAGCAGAAUAACAAUGAAUGCAGCAUCAAUCAACAGCAACAACAACAGCAAACUCAAGAGAUUGUCAACUUAUCUGAUGCUGAUUUGUUUCAAUUUCUGCUCGGGGAAGAGGCUCAUCAAGCAGCCAUGACUCAAACUCAUUCCGUAUCUCACCACACGGAUGAAGAUUCAUCGACAAAUGAAGACCUUGCCAUGAAAGAGAAGCCCACUUCUAGUAGCACUACUAGAAAACCCAAGAGCUCAAAUGGACCUCCUGCUACAUCUACAGGCCGCUUAGAUUUUAGACCCAUCCAUGAUCAUAUCCCAGAAUCUCAAUUGAAGGCGAUGACAUCCAAAGAACGCAGACAAUUGAGAAACAAGAUCUCUGCUCGCAACUUCAGAAAUAGACGAAAGGAAUACAUCGGCACCUUGGAAGAUGAGCUUAAUCAACAAAAAGCGGAGAACAGCCAACUCAAAUUGGAAUUGAAGUGGGCCAAGCAAAAGAUGGAAACAUUGCAAAAGGAGAACGACAAGCUGCGUGUAGAAUUAAUGCUCGGUGGCAUCAAUUUGCCUACUGCUACUACCACGCCAGCACAGCCCACCACCAUGUCAGUAGCCACGACAAACACAUCUCCUUAUCUGUUUGACUCCACAAAUCUCCUCAACUCUACCUUGAAUCUCUCCAACACAUCCUCCUCCUCUUCAUCCGACUCCACGCUCUCCUCUCCACCUAAUCUCUUCACCGACUUUCCUGACAACUGGGAUUUCGUACUUCCUGCCGAAGACCAUCAAAACAGAGAUACUUACUUGUCCCACGCUGUUGUGCCUAACUGGAACAUUAAUCAUGUCCUUGAAAAAGAGACGUCCACUGCCAUGAUCACUACUCCUUCCGCUAAUCUGAUUCAACAAUAUCCUCUCCUCGCUCCUGCUUUGAUGUCGAUCGUUCUGGCUCAUACAAUGACCAUGAGCACUGAUGAAAUACUGGCUACUGCUAAAUUGAAUCCUUUGCCUCCUACACAUCUUGGAUUCAAUGAGAAGGAUCCCUUCAACGGUUCUACCAUGAUGACCGACAAAGAGGCCAAGGCUGUGUGGGAUCUCUUGGAGCCUUUGACAUUGAUGCAAUCAAGAAACGAAAAGCUGGCCAUUCAACCAAGUGACAGGAAGGCACAAACCACACAAUCAAGCACAGUAAACCCUUUCUGUCCCCUUAUGUGGGUUCAAACCAGAAUUUGCAGAUAUCUUUGUGAAUUUGCAGCUAACUACUGUACAACAAACACCCUCCCAUCAUCAACAGCAGCAGAGCAAGACUCUACCAAGAAAUUUGUGCUUUGCAGACAAUUCCAAAAAGCCAAGCGCUACAUCACUGCAUGCCAAUAA